UACGCGGAGCGGAGGGGCAGAGCGAUCGGAGCGGGGGGGGCUUGACAAUGGAGUAGGUACUGUCACUGCACAAGAAGGAGUUUCGGCGAAAUGGGCAAGAAACACAAAAAACACAAGUCGGAAUGGAGAACAGUGGAAGACUAUGAGGACAAGCCUUUGGAGCCGCUGAAGUUGGUGCUUAAAGUGGGAGGCAGCGAGGUGACUGAGCUCUCCGGCUCAGGACACGACUCCAGCUACUACGAUGACCGGUCAGAUCACGAGCGAGAACGUCACAAGGAGAAGAAGAAGAAAAAGAAGAAGAAGUCUGACCGGGAGAAGGACAAGCAUGUCGACGACGAGGAGCGGAGGAGACGGAAGGAGGAGAAGAAGAAGAAACGAGAGAGGGAGCAGUGUGAAACUGAAGCCAGUGUGGCAAUAGAUCCCUUCACGUUGCCUAAACCAGUAGAGCUGGAAGAGAAGAAGCGGAAGAGGGAAAGGGUGAGCGACGUUGACGCGGAGGUGGAUGAGUUCCAGCCCGGGCUGAAGGUGGAGGUGGAGCAGCACACGGACCGGCCCGUCAGAGCCUGCCGGACCCAGCAAGAGAACGAGUGCACCCCACGGCAGCAGCUCCUGGAACACUUCCUGCGCCAGCUGCAGAGAAAGGACCCUCAUGGGUUCUUCGCUUUCCCUGUGACGGACGCCAUCGCACCCGGCUACUCUAUGAUCAUCAAGCAUCCGAUGGACUUCAGCACGAUGAAGGACAAGAUCGCCACCAACGAGUAUAAAACCGUCACUGAGUUCAAGGCAGACUUCAAACUGAUGUGCGAGAACGCGAUGGUGUACAACCGGCCAGAGACCGUGUACUACAAGGCAGCCAAGAAGCUGCUGCACACAGGCUUCAAGAUGAUGAGCAAGCAGGCGGCCAUCCUGGGGGACGAGGACAUCGCCCCCGAGGAGCCCCCUCCUGAGGUGGCCCCCGCCCCGGUCGAGUCGACCAAGAAAUCCAAAAAACAGCCAGUCAAAGACAUGAAAGAGGUCAUCAGUUACCUGUUUGAGCCUGAGGGAAACGCGUGCAGCCUGACCGACAGCACAGCCGAGGAACACGUCCUGGCUCUGGUAGAGCAUGCGGCUGAUGAGGCACGGGACCGGCUCAACCGAUUCAUGCCAGACUCCAAGAUCGGGUACCUGAGGAAGGAAGCGGAGGGAGCGCUGCUGUACACGGUGGUGAACCAGGCAGACCCGCAGGCAGAAGAUGAGGAGACUCACCCAGUGGAUCUGAGCUCCCUGUCGAACAAACUUUUGCCUGGCCUGACCACCCUUGGCUUCAAAGAUGACAGACGACACAAAGUGACAUUCCUGAACAGUGCCUACAACACCCAGUCCCUGCAGAACAACACGGUGUACCCAGACCUGCUCCCCGAGGAGAUGGACCUGCUCUACUCGGCCUAUGGCGACGACACGGGAGUGCAGUGCGCUCUGAGCCUGCAGGAGUUCGUGAAGGGCUGUGGGGGUGUCACCAAGAAGCUGGUGGACGAGCUGCUGGACAAGAUGACGGGGAACGACCAUUCUAAAGCGGUCUUUCAGAUCCGACAGAAAAGAAACAUUUCAGUGAAGUCCCCUGAUGAGAUGAGGUCCAGCCUGUGUGAAAUGCAGGUUGGUGACGGGACGGGGAUAUCGGGAGAGAAUAACUCUGUGCUGGAUUUCAUGUCCAUGAAGCCGUACUCAAUGUCUUUAGAUAUGUCUGUGCUGAACAAUCUGGGGAAGGCAGUGAAAAAGGAGCCAGAACACGAGGACGCCCACCUGCACUUCGAGACGGCCAAGCUGCUGCAGGAUCUGCAGGAGGCGCAGCUGGACCGCGUGGGCUCGCGGCCGUCCUCCAACGUCUCCUCGCUCUCCAACGCCUCGGAGAGGGACCAGCACCAUCUCGGAAGUCCGUCACACCUGGGUGUUGGAGAUCAGCCUGAGAUGGUUCAUGAUCCAUAUGAGUUCCUCCAGUCUCCAGAACCGGGCUCGACUGCCAACAGCUGACUGACACACAGUGCAAUAUGGCAUCCUGGCUCCUUUCCACAGAUUUGUAGCAUACAUUUUUUUUGUUUGUUUGUUUUUUUUAAUGUAGGGAAUACAGGAACAUGGUCAUGUUGUGAAUUAAGUCUUUAGUCAUGAUUGUACAGAAUGAACAUUUGUAUGUGCUGGUCAGUUUUGAGAAUAAAUUCUCUUUGAGGGUUUUCUUUUUAUCUUUUUA